GUCGCUCCCAUCAUCACGAACGAGUUCUCCCCAGUCUAGUUCACGGCGAGAGCAUGGUGAUCACGCAAAACCCCGAAUUUAAGAACUUUUUUGGAAACUCCUGCCUAUAUCUGACUCUGAAGAAGUCAAGAAACAGAACUUUCUUGUCUAGAAACCUUGAGGCUGUUCUGGACCAUCAUCAACGACGACUUGAGAACCCAGCUCUCGCCAACACAACAGACACGCGUAGACACACGCGGGUCCACUGGAAGUAUCCUGAGAUACCUGAGGGCAUGGACGACUUGAUACAAAGCUUUGAGAACGGAGAGAUUCUUGAGGUUUCUGUUAGAGGGUUUUGGCCUGUAGACACUUCUUCGAAAAAGAAAGCAUCAAACAAAUUGGCAGUCGAGCCAAAGGCGAGAGAGGCGAUAUGGGACAAGCUCGAAAACGUCGAGAAUAUCAUUAGACAACCUUGUCGGGUCAGACUCCAAAUUGCAGUGGUCGAUCCUGACAAGACCAAGUCUCGGGGCGACAGAUGCGAGAUUCUAUACUCUACCGACCAUCCCGCGACUAUCUGUGGAAAACAGAACAGGCGUGGCCAGAAAUUUCUGAAAAUCGAUGUGGAACCGUUCCGAGUACAAAUACCUACACUGACGGUCCUGACGGUCCACAAGUUCAAUGGCGGACGAUGGAAGAACGUCAUGGGAGCCAAGUACGAAACGACCAUAGCAAUUUCACCCAUGGACAGUGUUAAAGCUGACGAGCUGCUACACUUUUUAAAGCCCAAUAGCGAGCUUGGUCGUUACGAUCAUGCGGCUCUGUUUGGAAAAUGGAACGACUUGCCACAGCUUCCUUCCAAUGGACAGAUGAUUCCUGUGUACCGUAAAACUAGCGGGGGACGGAUGCAGUUUGAGCAUGAGAUCGAUUUUGAGAUGGUUUAUACGAAAAGCCAGGUGUCGCCAAUCGCACUAUAUAACCAGUCUUCAAAGCGCAUCCGGCCAAAUCAGCUCCCUUCACCAGUCUCGGAAACACGGCUUCUCGACGAGAUGACUGAGGUGACAUAUAGACUCAUCAAUGGCAAUGCUUCAAAAGUUAUGACCUAUAAAGCCAAUAUGUGUCUCUUUUGUCCCGACAAGACUCUUCCCAACAGCGAAAGGUUGCAUCAUCACCUUAAAACAGACCAUGACAACUACGAUUUCAAAGUUGAGACACAGCAGAAGGAGCGGGGUACAGCGACAUUGACUGAAGUUACGAUUCUUGUUGAGCUCUCUGAAAAGAGGGAGGACUUAAGAGCAAGUGACUCAGUGCCUGAUACACGCGCCGUCAAUUGGGUUGCGCCACAGGAACCUUUCAACCUCGCCGAGUCAAACAAGGGCAACUCGGAUUGGGUGACAAAAGGCUCUUACCAUGGGAAGAGAAAGGCGACCAAGCCUGUUGCUGGGCAAAUCAAGCGUAAAGAGCCGAACGAGGUCAUACAGCAGCUACCUGUUCCAAUUAGGAAACUACACAAAGUUCCUCGAGCUCCAAACGGCAUAACGUUCUUCCGGACGCUGUCAAAACGUCCUUUGGAAGAGGGCGAAUGGGUCAGUGAGAGCGACGACGAUAUCGACAUAACAUGGCUUAAACUCCGACGGAACGGCGCAACGAGCGACUCAGACACUCCAGAGUCGGCCAAAGCCCUUAUCAAAAGGCUAGACGAUCAUAUGGAAGAUGAGCAGCUAACUGACGACUUGCAUGUCGGUGAUGCUAUUGUUCGAUUCACCUCCCAAAAUCGCGAGUGGUUGCAGGAAUCAGAUCAUGGCCAACAACUCUUAAAGAAAGCAGCAGAACUUCGAGACGACGAUAUCAUCACAGAAGCUGUCUAUCAACACUGCAAACAGUUCGCACAAGUUGAUCCAAUUGAGAGCAACAAGAGUAGAUUGCACAACAGGAAGGAAGGCGUAAUAUCAACGCCACCACGAACGCCAGCUACAUCCUCAGCGAGUGUUAGUUCUGUCGAUGGAGAACCCAGAAAGUGUAAGAGAUCAAACACUAAAGGCCGCGGACCCUCUCAACAACAAGACACCGACGGUGAUGUUGAGAUGUUAGAGCCAAGUCCACCGGACAGUCGACAACUGAGCAAAGACCGUGGACAGUCACACGCGCCUGUCAGCGGCAGAUGCUUAUGUGGUAAACAAGCUGAAUCGGUUGAUAAUCUGCGUGAGAUCAUCUGGUGCGACAAUCCUCACUGCGUCCGCCACUGCUUCCACAUAAAAUGCGUCGGCCUGCCCAAAAGAUGCCGCGGCUGGGCUUGUGACGACUGCAAAGGCGACGAAACUCUGUGGCCGACAAAGGACUAGUCCCCAAUUAUACGUUCGCAAAGCGAGGGCGGUGGAGGUGGUUGCGGUUUGAACAGGGGCGCAAACAAGUAUCGCAUCUGACACCUCUUCCUCUACCUACCCAAGCUUUGCCCACUGAAUCUGCAAGGCGACGGUGGCGCUUUUCCUGCAUUUGCAGUUUUCUUCUUUCUUUUGUUUGGCUUCAGCAUGCGCCGGCGUUUUGGUCGGGGGCGUAUAGCAUAUUUAACAUGACGUGGGCCGGGUGGUUCCCAAUAUUUUGGACGAGGUGGGGAUUUCUGCUGCUUUGCUUACUUCAUGGGAUGGAUAGUUGCUCAAGAGCGGUAUGGAAGUGCGUUACAAUCCAGUAAAAUAGACUAUGAUUAUCGCUUCAAUUGCGGG